AUGAUGAAUUUAGCGGCAUUAUUGCAAAGCUUAAGAUUCUCCUUGCUACACAUUGAGAACAGAAUUCUACAGGUGGCAGGAAUAGAACGACAGCUCGUUCCAGCUCUAGCCAUUAAUGGCCGAAGUCUGCUCCCUCAUAUCGAAGAGCAACAACUGGAGGAGGGGCAAAGCAAGGAGCGACCCCCCGGACUUCUGGACAGCAUCUUUUGGAUGGCAGCACCUAAGAAGAGACGUACCAUCGAGGUCAACAGAACGAGGAGGAGGGCUGAGAGCAAACUAAUCAAAGUCAAGCAAAACAUCGAGCCAUGUCCAGAGUGCGGCCAUUUAAAGCAGAAACACAUCCUGUGUGGUUUCUGUUAUGCAAAAGUGUGCCAGGAGACUGGUCAGAUUCGUCAACAAAUUAAAGCGAUGGAGGGCGGUCCUCUCAGGGCCCCAACUGUGGAGACGGUUGUCUUGUAUGCGGAUGAGACACCAAGUGAGCUGGACAAAGACAAGAGGAUAGUCGAGAGACCCAGGAAGCGGCCCUCCUGGUUCGGCCAGUAA